AUGUAUCCACCGCUGGAGUUUCCCGACCCUGAUCUGCUCGAAACCCUGGUCCACAUCUACUUUGAACAAAUCAAUCCUAUCAUGGGCGUCCUUCAUCGCAUCUCGUUCGAAGGGUCACUCGAAUCAAAUCGGCAUUUGACAGAGCGGGCAUUUGGUGAGGUGGUUCUUGGUGUCUGUGCUGUCGCCAGCAAGUACAGCGACGACCCGCGUGUUUUUCUGGAUGAGGCGCCGCGAGACUCGGAACACAGCGGGUUGGAAGUGCUUGGUGUCUUCUACUUCUGUGCCUCUUCAACGCCUGACGAAUGCUGGUUCCACGUUGGUGUCGGCCUUCGAUUUCUCCAAGCGGUCGGAGGGCAACAUGAAGCGUGGUAUCACAAGACAAACCUGGAACCGGUUGAUGUCGAGCUCUACAAGUGCGCCUUCUGGACCCUCGUUCUUUGGGAAACGUUGAUGUCGACAUUCAAGGGCCAGGUGUCCACUAUCCGCACUUCGGCGGUCAACGAAUGGAUUGACGGGAUUCCGGCCCAUUGUCAAAUUCUGAUUCAUCGACCGUUUGUGGCUGGACCGGGCAAGCAGUCCUCAGUUAACACUUCGUUCCCUUCGAUGGCCAUAUGUGCCAAUGCGGCCCGCUCGAUUGGCCAUGUGCUCAAGGUAGGCAGCCUUCCGGUUUACACGUCCUUCGCCAAGGGGAGCGAUAAAGACUCCUUCCCAUUCAUGGACAUGCACCGGCACAUGGUGGCGCCAGCGCUCUAUCAACCACCUUCUCAUCUGGAUGCUCAAUUCGACAAGGUGCCGGGAAUGUUACCCCCAGAGCUCGUUUACAUGGCGGAAGCUGCACUCAAUGAGCCGCUGGUGCCUGAGCCCAGUUGGCUGGUGCUGCCUCCAGACACAAGCGCUUUCGAUGUGCCAAUGAAUCCUUAG